CGAGUAGUGGCGGAAUUACGACCAGUUUAGGCCUCGGUACGGGCUCGAUUGCAGCCGCCAACAUGCUGCAAGCGCUCCAGGCGGCCAAGCAUCAGCGGGGCACCAGUAAAUCGAUAUCCCAGCAACAGCAACAACAGCAACAACAGCAGCAGCAGCAGCAUGGUGGCGGUGCGCUGAGUGCCGUGAUCGAUAAACUGAAAUCAGCCCAAUCGACCGACGGUGAGGAUGGCGCGGUACUCGUGCUUCCGGAGAUGACCAUCACGCAGCAAACGCAACCAUCCUCGAUGGCCACCGGGACGAGCGUAAACAUUGGAAGCUUCGGUGCCCUUAGCGGUCCCGGAGCUGGCAGCAGUGCCAUCACGCUCAAGGACGUCACCAAGGCUGGUCUCCUGUCAUCAUCAUCCACAUCAUCAUCAUCAUCAUCGGCCUCCCUUACCAACUGUGCCUCACUUGGAAUUAACUCUGCCUCACAAUCGCCUUCCAUGACGAGCGCCAGUGGUAAAGCGUCCGAGUACAUGGUGAAGCCCAGCUCGGACGGUAUCAAGCUGACGAUACAGAACAAGAAGGGCUCCAAAAGCUCGAGUAGCUCCUCGAGUAGCUCGAAAGGCGGUACCGGCGGUGGCAGCGGUAGCAGCAAGACCGGUCUCAAACCGGGCGUUUCCAGUGGUCCAAUAUCGUCGAAGCAGCAGCAUCAGCAUCAGCAGCAACAGCAGCAGCAAUCGCUGCAAAACCACACUACCUCCUUCAGCGGGGCCUUCCCUUCGUCCACCAAGAGUGGUCACGGUAGCCCUCACUAUACCAGUUCCACCUCAUCUUCUUCCUCGAAGGCACCGUUCCAGAAGUCCAACUCGUUCGGUUCGCUCAGCGGUUCUUCCGGUGGCGGCAGUGGCAGUGGUGGCGUCUUGAAAGCAUCAUCGAAGGUUAGCUCCCCGAAGUCGACCUCCAAUCCGGGCAAUUCAUCUUCGUACGCCUCAUCGAAGGACAAAUCAUCGGGCGGCCGGUUGGGUUCGAGUAAAUCCUCUUCCACGCUCGGCCUAUCGGCGACCGGUACCACCGGUGGUUCCACCUCACUGGUGAAUCCGAUCUCUAUUAUGAAAAUGCUCGGUUACCCAACAAAUGCCAGUGCGGAUGGGUUUGCGAAGACACUCGAUACCAAGUUCCAGAUACCGAAGUUGUCCGCUCGGACAGCGAACGCACAGUCCGGAAACGAUGGUGCGAACGAGGAGCGGACCACCAAGGAGCGAGGCGGCUCCUCGACGGUUGCCGGGACCAAGGAAGCAUCAGCGGCAGCGAGCAGAAAGCAAAAGCAACAACAAUCCUCAUCGGUGGGCGGCGGCGGCGGUGCGGGUGGCAGUGGCACCGGAGCGGGUACGAUGCGACCGUUUGCACCCUCACCAUCCGGUAGUAGUAACGAUGGAACGAACGCCAGCACCCCCACCAACACUAACAGUGCCCGCCUGCUGUCCGAUCUUCUCGGUGCGGGAGCAGUCGGUGGGUUAAAGACGGCAGGCAAGGGCACAUCGGCGGGGACAGGGGGCAUCGAGGGCAAUGUGUCACCGUUGCAUCCGCUCCUGCCAAACAUUGUGCAGAAGAUGUUUGGCAACGAAUCAUCGGGUUCGAGUGUACCAGCAGCAGCAGCAGCUGCAUCACCUGCGGCGGGCGCGGGUUCGAUGAUGAGCCACAAAUCGAACAGCUCCGAUGGCAGCAUGUUCCCAGGUGGUAGCGCAUCGGCCGGAUUACUGGCCAACAUGCGCUCGGGAUCGGCACCGAGCACACCGACGACAACGACGGCGGCGGCGGCAGCUGCGCCGUCUGUACUACCACCUUAUCCAUCCCCCGUAGCGACUGAUUCCGGCGGAGUGGCCAAUGAUCUGCUAAGCGCUCUGAUGCGGCCACCAUCCCGCCCAAGCAUUACACUAUCGAACCAUUCUCACAUUGCCCAGGAUGGCGCUGUGGACGGUGCUGGACUUGCCUCGAUGCUGAUGAUGGCUGGCUCGGGAGGAACCGCAGCUGCUGGUUUGGUGGGGCUCGAUGGUGCUACCAAUACGCAGCAACUGAUGGCUGCCCUGAAGAGCGUGGCCGCCGCUGGCAGCACCGUGGGCAAUGCGGCGGAACGCAAUCAUCUCACUAACCACCAUAAUCACCUGCAGUCGAACCAUCAUCACACGAACCAUCACGUAACGUCACCGGCAUCUGUAUCCGUGCAUAUCGUCAAAUCACCCGCACCAUCACCAUUACCCUUCGCUUCACCGCAUGGUGGCGGUGGUGCAGGUAGUGCCGGCGGUCCGGGCGGUAUCGAUGAUGAUAUGCUUGACGAGGCAUUGAUCGGUAUCGGUAGCAAAUGACAGACAGACAGCGUUGCGCUGGAGAGAUUGCGCCGCGAAGGAUGAAGGGCGCUUCCCUGAGUCAGCCUGAGUCCGCCUCCUCUCCGGUUUGCCUGUUUGUUGUUCGCUGCUGCGGACGCUCUAAAGGCGCGUUGCUUAACAGCUGCAGACGCAGUUAGUGUUAGUUUGUAAUGAUAGAUCAUGACAUAACAUGCCCCCAAAACAGGACUCAUUGUUGAUCGCGGGAGAUCGCAACGCGAAAGAAUAAAAUGGUUUCCCUCUAGCUCAGCAUCAAAGAAGGAAGGAAGGUAGACAACAGUAUAUAGAAUCGGGGAAUUGGAUGACGGAUAGCGAAUAGCAAAUAUGUUUGAUAUGUAUGAGUAAGACAGACGGGCUCCAUCAAUGGCAAAACACAAAUGCAUUGCAUCCAAUUCUUGCCAUCUUCCGUUUGCGUAAGGAAAGGUUUCUCCGUUUAUUAAAAUUAGCUCUCACAUACUCCUCUCCCGUUUUGCGUUUGAAAUGCUUAUUUAAAUGUAAAAACCUCUGUUCAUUGUUUUCUCCGUUCGGUUUCUUUUCCCUGCGUCGAAAUAUUCUUCGAAAAACUCCAACUUUUUUCUGCACAGUUUUGUCUUUGCCACGGCGACGGCGCCCCUAGAAUAGAUAAUGAAUGGGGAAGAGUUGUAACAUGGAAUGGAUCCCGGAGCCGAUCGGAUUAGAUAUGUAGACACGUGCACAGCAAGAGCAAGUACGGUAGUAGAGCAUAAGGAUAAGUUUAGAGGCGGUGUGCAGUGCGAAGGUACGAUGGAGCCGUCAGCCAGAGGCAAGGGGGGACUACGGCAAACGGAAAUGGAAAUAAAAAUUGCAAAAACACUACGCAAGAGCGGUAACUGGAAGAAAAAUGGAGAA